AUGCGUCUACUUGCUAGAUCUUUGACUCGAUCACUCAGAGGCUACGCUACCCUCUCACCACAUAUACCACCACCUCAGGCGGCGUACACGGUCUUUGAUGAGCCGUCCAAAGCUCGGCAAAGAGAUCGAGCGGUCCUUCGCGCAGACAGCACCAUAGUGGACUACCUGCGCCAUGAAAUCGCCGAUCGGCUGUCUGAGCGUAUGGAGGAUCUCAAGACACCACCAGCGUCCAUACUAGAGGUAGCAGCGCAUGCUGGACCAGUAACGAGAGCUCUGCAAGAAACGAUCGGCGGGGAUCGAUCCUACUAUCUUUUGGAGGAGAGCAAGCUAGCACUACAGAGAGACACCUUUGACCACCCGGUCACUCGGAUACAUGCCUCACCCUCAAAACUCGUCGAGGCUUUCCCUCACAAGGUCGAAGCGGCAGUGAGCUCCGGCCUGCAUUGGGUGGGCGAUAUCGUCGGCUGCUUGACGCAGAUCCGGCACGUCUUGAAGCCUGAUGGUGUCUUCAUUGGCGCCGUGCUAGGCGGGGACAGCUUGUUCGAACUUAGGACCUCGCUUCAGCUGGCCGAGCAGGAGAGGCGAGGAGGUAUAGCGAACCGAGUCUCGCCCAUGAUCAACCCUACAGACGCACCGUCGUUACUAAACCGAGCGGGGUUCACUCUCACCACCGUCGACGUAGAAGACAUCACCAUCCACUACCCGUCAAUAUGGGAGCUCAUGUCGGACUUGCGGGAUAUGGGCGAGAGCAACGCCAUCAUGGGUCGCAAGACCUCGGUAUCGAGGGAUGUACUCCUGGCUGCCGAGGCGAUCUAUAAGGAGCUGCAUGGCGUGGAGGAGGGUAUUCCAGCGACGUUCCAGGUGGUCUUCAUGAUCGGAUGGACGCCGGGUCCAAAUCAGCCCAAACCGCUCGAGAGAGGUUCAGGGACGACCAACCUGAAGGACGUCUUGUAG